GGGAUGCAGGUGGAGGAUCCAGAGUGUGAUGAGAGUGACCCCGAAGAGGAAGAACAGCCAAACAAUGAAGACUUGACCCAAGAAGGGGCAGCUGGAGAGAUGGAAAAGAAGAUGAUGGAAGAGGAGGAAGAGGAUGAAGAGGGAGAAGAGAGUGAUACAGAGGAAGAGCAACGGGAAAAGAUAAGUGUAGAAGAGGAGGACUGGUUCACCUGCUCAGAAGAUGAAGCAGAGGAAGAUGCUCUAGGUUCAUCCAGUAAAUCCUCCUUCCACAACUCCAGCCGUCUGCUGCAUAAAGAUGAGCUGCUGGACAUGUUUAAGUCUGUCCACAGCGGGCCCAGGUGUAAAGACGGACAACUGACAGUUGGACUAGUCGGGUAUCCUAAUGUGGGAAAGAGUUCCACCAUCAACACUAUCUUCAGAAACAAGAAGGUGUCUGUUUCAGCCACUCCUGGACACACGAAGCACUUUCAGACUCUGUAUGUGGAGCCAGGCCUGUGCCUCUGUGACUGCCCUGGUCUGGUCAUGCCUUCCUUUGUAUCCACCAAAGCUGAGAUGAUCUGCUCCGGGAUCCUGCCCAUUGACCAGAUGAGAGAUCACGUACCUGCAGUCUCCCUUGUAUGUCAGCUGAUCCCUCGGCAUGUGUUAGAGGGCACGUAUGGUGUCAACAUCAUCCGACCACGAGAAGAUGAAGACCCCGACAGGCCCCCCACUUCUGAGGAGCUGCUUAUGGCUUAUGGAUACAUGAGGGGCUUUAUGACAUCACAUGGCCAGCCUGACGAGUCCAGAUCAGCCCGGUACAUCCUGAAAGAUUAUGUCUGUGGAAAGCUUCUGUACUGCCAUCCUCCUCCACACAUUCACGCUGACGACUUCCAGCCGCAGCACAGCAAGUUCCUGAAAAGAGACGCAGACUGCUGCGACCUCUCCACAACAACACACAAACAACAGAAAAUCAAGAGAAUUGAAAAUGUGGUCGACAAGAACUUCUUCCAUCAGGAGAAUGUGCGGGCGCUCACCAAGGGGGUUCAGUCUUUCAUGGGCUACAAGCCAGGCAGCGGACCUGUUGGCCCAGGAAAAGCUGGAUCAGAGACAGUGGUGGGGAAACCCUGGAAAAAACAUGGCAACAGGAACAAGAAAGAGAAAGUACGCCGUCUUACCAAGCAUCUGGAUGCCUGAUGAUGAUCUGAAAUCAACGCACGUUUAAUUUCAGGUCAUUUCAGCAGGAGUAGAAGAACCCUGGACUACAGCUCAUCCAUGAUUCCAAAGGAAUUAAUGCUGAGUAGUGUCUGUAGAUGGAUGAAAGCCCCUAAAUCCUGUGUGAAUGGAAAGGUCAGGCUAUCUCGAUAUUAAUAAAUGAGGUGCAUAAUCUGUCAUCUACAGCUCUGGUUAGAAAAUCAUAUUGGUGCAAAGCAUUCCAUCAACUGGAUCACCAGUUGUACACCAGAUCCAAACAUGUUUGGAAAUGGACCUAACAUCCACAGGGUUUGAAUUUUAUAUGACAUUGAACAGGACAGUUUGUAUUUUAAGGAAUUUUAAAGACACAUCAUCUGAAUAAACAAUUAAUUACUGUAUGUUUGAUAAUGACUUUAACCGUACAUACACGUGAUUAAUGUAACUAAGAUGGAAUAUAAAAACAGUUGAAUAUUU